CUCGAAACGGAGGUUUCCAUUUUGCUCACUCCAUCGUUUUCUUAACUGAGACGCACCCAAAAAUUUCCUUCUUUGCUAAGAAAAACAGAUCCAUUUCGGGGAUAUCAGGAUCUUGAAUCGGAGGGAACAAUGGCGGAGCAGUCAGAGGAUUCGGGUAUAACGACCGAGACAUUGAUGGAGAAGAUCGCCGAGAAGAUUCACGGCCAUGAUUCGUCUUCUUCUUCUGAUUCGGACUCGGACAACGAGAAAUCUGCGGCUUCGUCCGUGAAAGCAAAGAUUUAUCGGAUAUUCGGCAGAGAGCGACCGGUUCACAACGUUCUCGGUGGAGGAAAACCUGCCGAUGUGUUCUUGUGGAGGAAUAAAAAGAUCUCAGCUGGUGUUCUUGGCACAGCAACUGCAGUGUGGGUUCUGUUUGAAUUGGUAGAGUACCAUCUCUUAACCCUUGCUUGCCACAUUUUAAUACUCAGCCUCGCAGUCUUGUUCCUGUGGUCCAAUGUGCAUACCUUUAUCAACAAGUCUCCUCCUCGAAUUCCUGAAUUCCAUUUUCGAGAGGAGCCAUUCUUGCAGGUUGCCUCUGCACUGCGGAUGGAAAUAAACUGGGUUUUUGCAACAUUGCGGGAGAUUGCUUCAGGAAGAGACUUAAAGAAGUUUCUUGUGGUGAUUGCUAGCUUGUGGGUGGUGUCAAUUGUGGGUAGUUGGUGCAACUUCUUGACCCUGUUUUACAUAAUUUUUGUAGUGUUGCACACUGUGCCCGUGCUUUAUGAGAAGUACGAGGACAAGGUUGAUCCGUUUGCAGAGAAGGCAAUGAUAGAAAUCAAAAAGCAGUAUGCAGUAUUUGAUGCAAGGGUUCUUAGCAAGAUUCCAAAAGCUGCUGCUUUCAAAGCCAAGAAGGUUUAACCUGUCAGCUCCAAGUCAUUGCUUCAUUUUGCUCCAACAAAAUUAUUUUUGUGUUGGGCUUCCAAGUUUCAAGGAUUCAGCGCCAUCAGUUUUUAUGUUUAUGUAUGGCUUUCAGAUUGCCUUGUGUUUCUGAGAUAUUUUAAUGUCGAUUUUGUUUUAGUGGUAUGUUUGUCACAACUUUUGGGACCAUUACUGAAGCAGGCUCAUUGCUGAUUAUUGUUGUUGACACUCCA